GCGAGCGGCUCUCCGAGCAGAUCGAUGGAGGCCCGGCGGGGCUGGCCGCUGGGGGGCGCUAGCUCUCGCUCGCUGGCUCUGGGGUGGAUUGUCCGCGGCCUAGCUGCGACUCCGGACCAGCCACCAUCUUAGAGGAGAGGAGCGGGCUGGAGGGGCUCUGGGGCCGGGCCCUGCCGCACACAGAUACUGGGAACCAGCUCUACUAUUAUUUAUAUACAGAACAUUUUGAUGUCAUGGAGGUACUGUUUUCAAAAGGCCUGCACGUAACUGGCUGAAAAAAAUGGCUCCACCAGAUGACAGUCUCAGCUCUAAUAUGGUCUAAAUGGUUUAAAAAAAACAAAACAAAACCAUAUGAUCUGUUGCAUGCUGCCAUCUCCAUCUCACAACAUGCAUACACCAGAGGAGCCUGCACAUAGUAGGGCAGGAGUGUCAGACACAUUCUGUGAGAGGGCUGCACUACAUAUUUAAUCUUUGUUCUUGGCCCUGAUGUCAAAAGGAGACAGCUUUCAUCUUGACAAUGGCAGCUUGAAGUCUCUUAAAGUCCAAGCAUUUAUUUUGUUUUUAAAAAUUACUGUGCAGGUUACAAAUGGUGUGGGUUUUUAUCAUGAACCGAAUGAGCUCCCAGUGCAGUUCCUCCACUCAGCGUAAGCGAAUGGCUCUUGGAAUUGUCAUUCUUCUACUUGUUGAUGUGAUAUGGGUUGCCUCCUCAGAACUCACUUCAUAUGUUUUUUCGAAGUACGAGAAGCCUUUUUUCAGUACCUUUGCAAAAACAUCCAUGUUUGUUCUAUAUCUCUUGGGAUUUAUUGUUUGGAAACCAUGGAGGCAACAGUGUACGCGUGGGUUUCGUGGAAGGCAUGCAGCUUUUUUUGCAGAUGCUGAAAGUUAUUUUGCUACUUGUACAACAGAUAACACUGUAAACAGUUCUUUGAGUGAACCUUUGUAUGUUCCUGUAAAGUUUCAUGACUUACCAAGUGAAAAGAGUGGCAGUGCUAAUAGUGAUACUGAAAAAACUCCCAAAAAGCCUCGUGUAAGGUUCAGUAACGUUAUGGAGAUUCGACAACUUCCAUCAAGCCAUGCAUUGGAAGCAAAGUUGUCUCGCAUGUCAUAUCCAACUGUUAAGGAGCAGGAAUCAAUAUUAAAAACUGUAGGGAAACUCACUGCAACUCAAGUAGCAAAAAUCAGCUUUUUCUUUUGCUUUGUGUGGUUUUUGGCAAACUUCUCUUAUCAAGAAGCACUCUUACAUGCACAAGUUGCCAUAGUUAAUAUCCUAUCUUCAACCUCUGGACUUUUUACCUUAAUCUUAGCUGCAGUGUUUCCAAGUAACAGUGGAGACCGGUUUACCCUUUCCAAAUUGUUAGCUGUCGUUUUAAGCAUUGGCGGUGUAGUACUUGUUAAUCUAUCUGAGUCUGAGAAAUCUCCAGGAAGAGGUACAAUAGGUUCCCUGUGGUCUCUUGUAGGAGCAAUGCUGUAUGCUGUCUAUAUAGUUAUGAUAAAAAGAAAAGUAGACAGAGAAGAUAAGCUUGAUAUACCAAUGUUCUUUGGUUUUGUAGGCCUCUUUAAUCUGCUGCUGCUAUGGCCAGGUUUCUUCCUACUUCAUUAUACUGGAUUCGAGGCCUUUGAGUUUCCCAAUAAAUUGGUAUUGAUGUGCAUUGUCAUUAAUGGCCUUAUUGGAACAGUUCUGUCAGAAUUCCUCUGGCUGUGGGGCUGCUUUCUUACCUCAUCACUGAUAGGCACACUUGCGCUAAGCCUUACAAUACCUCUGUCCAUAAUAGCUGACAUGUGCAUGCAGAAGGUGCAGUUUUCCUGGUUAUUUUUUGCAGGGGCAAUCCCUGUAUUUUUCUCGUUUUUCAUUGCAACUUUCUUAUGCCAUUAUAACAACUGGGAUCCAGUGAUGGUAGGAAUCAGAAGAAUUUUUGCCUUUAUCUGCAGAAAGCAUCGCAUUCAGAGAAUGCCAGAGGAAAGUGAGCAGUGUGAAAGCCUCAUCCCUAUGCAUAGUGUUUCUCAAGAAGGAGAAAACUGCUGUUCAUAGGCAAAAGUUUCAAGAUGGUUUCAUACUCAGCGAAGAGACAAUCUCCUGGAAAGUCCAUAAGGAACCAUAUUUCAGUGCCUAUUCUACAUUUGGAAAAAAAAGUUUCAGUUCUUUUGAAACUAAACUUUUAUUUUCCCAUAAUUGCCUGUCUUCAUCUGGUUCUAUCAAUGAACAACUUCACUAUGUGCAUAUCACUACAACUAUAGGAAAUCCCAGUCCAUCUAAACAACCAACCUGCCUUAUAGAACUCAACUUGAAAUUACUUGAUAUAAUCAAGAAAGCAAAUGCUGGUCUGGUGAUUUAUUUUUUGUUUUCACAUUUUUGUUAAAUGCUGGACAACAAGUUGUUCAAAAAUUACUUUAAAAAUGAAUACUUUAAUUCUGCAGGUCGUCAUUUCUUACAGACUUUCAGAUGAAAAAAGCUAAAUAUGUAAGUUACUUGUAAUAGGUACGGAUUAACAUUUUUGUAUAAAGUCUAUUUGAAUAUUAACACAUGAAAUUAGAAAAAAAUCUUAAUUUAUUAAAUAAGUACAUUUUUGCAACUGUUGGAGCAGGAUGUAUGCAAGUUUCCGGAACACUACAUAUAUUGCUUUAUCCCAUUUUAAAAAACCUUGGAAUAGGAAAGGGUGCUUUGUGUUUAAAAAUCUUUUCUGACCUAACAAUCUCAAACUUUUAAAGAAGUGUUAGUAUAAAAAGGUUAUGUAUUUUUAAAGGUGGUAAUUAUCAUAAAUUUGGCUGGACAAGCACUUGAUGUAAAAGUUCAUAAUUCAGAAUCAGUCUCUUUUUGAAAACUUAAUAGUCAAAAUUAUUUAAUAUGUAAAAUUGUAAAUAAUUCCAAGAUGCCAUGUGCACAGCUGCUUAUUUGAGGAAAAAACCAUCAAGUAGACUUCUAAAUUUUGUAGUUACUAUCUUAUCUCAACUCAAAUCUUCCAAGCAAUUUUAAAGCUAGAAAUAAUCAUGUUGACUUCGUUUUCCUAAGGAAAUUAUUGUGUAAUGGCUAACUUUUUCACUGUGACCUGAGUAUUCUUCCCUACUGCAAUGCUGCUGUUCUGUUUGGUGCUGAAAGGUAACAAAUUAAUAAAUAUAUUCACAAGAAUCCUGCAGACAGUUAUUGCCCUCUUCAAAAAGUAAAAUUAGGUAACUUUGGCGAAGGGGUAUUUACUAAUUUAUUUUGUCUUUUAGUGAAUUGUAAUGCUUAUAAAGAGUACAGAUGGACUUUCAGUCAAGGUGACUAAAUUCUCCAGAUAACUACAAAACCUACACGGACAGUGCAAGCUUUCUCAUGCUGCUCUGCCAUUUUGUCUCAAUCCUGUUCUGGAGGAGCUGAUGUUUUUCUAGGGAUAAGUCCAUUCAGUCUUUAAUCUCUAUAUUACUCCCACCAAUAAGGAUACUAAUUGUGGAAAUGGUGGUGGUGAUUUGGCAAUGUAAAGGAAAAAAAAAAAAGUCUAACUGGCCUGUAUUAAAACUACAGACUUGGAUAAAUGUUUAGAAGGAUUAGAUUUUAAUCUAUUCAACCCCAAAAUCAAUAGCUGUAGGGAGAAGACCAUUGUUAAUUGAAAUGUAUAGGGUAAGUUAAAACAUAGGCUAUUGCACUUGCAGGCGGAUUUUUGUUCAUUUUUAUCAAAUACAAAUAUUUUUCUGAAUUUUAUAUCAACGGUUGGUCACUAAACUAUGAACAAAAUGUAUUUGAGGCCAACCUUUUUCAAAGGAGGAACAUGAAAAGACCUGAGGUUGGGAUUUUCAAAAGAUUUACAAGCACAGUCCCAUUUGAAGUCACUUAGAUACUUUCAAAAAUUCCAUUUUUUGGUCCCAAGUCCAUAUUUAGUCACCUAUCCUUUUUACUCCUACUUUUGAACACUUAAGCCAGAGUUCCUGAUCUCUUGCAGAAAUGGAGGUCAAUAAAAAUUAGAAAGAAAUACUGAUGAUGUACAUCAAACUGAAUAAAAAAUAACCUUCAGUUUUACUGAACUGGAUUAGUUUUAAACAGUGUAACUAAAAGUGAAUGUCUCUGUCAAUUACUCAAGUACCCAUGAGAAGACAGGAACUUUAAAUGCCGCAGUUGAACUAUUUUUAUAUUUGAUCUUGGGUAGAAUUUUGGCUGUUCGGCAAGAGGAGAAUUCUCCUGAUAAAGUUAAAAAUGGUUUUUAGGAAGCAAGAUAACUCCAGAGAAUUUAAGUGGAAUCCUUACUAAGAAAAGCCAUUAAUUAAGGCAUAGCGGCAAUGGAAUGCAAAUAGUUGUUCCCUUAAAAAAUGAUUACAUCUUCAGUUAAUAUUUGGCUUCUGUCAAGUUUGCCUAGUUAAUGCUCAACACUAAAUCAUGUCCUCUAAAGCAGCGAGAAGGAUAAGGAUUGUGGCAUCUGGAGAGAUAAGCCUAGCAAGGCUAAUUUUGCUUUCCAACAGGUGUGUUGCUCUGUUUUCAGAAGAAAACUAAGAUUCACUUUUGAAAUCGAUUGCCCAUGACCCAUAGUUGUACUGGGCUGUGACGUAUAACUGUGAACCAGAAUCCUUAUUUAACAUAACAAAACAUGCCAGACGUGGAAUCUAUCAUCAAAUCCUUGGUUAGUUUAUAGAGUUUUACAUAGCACUUUUAAAUUGCGUCAAUAAAUACAUUGUGCUGGAAAAAAUGAACAUUAAUACAUAAGAGAAAAUCUUCUCUUUCUGCCUCCUAAGGACAUUCAAAUAACAUUAUAUGUUUAAACAAUUCAGAUGCUGGGACCACCUCACUAAUUUUUCCAAGGAAAGAAAAAAAAUGUUUUGAGAAAUCAGAUUGUCAUGAUAUAAAGUGUUAGAUACCAUAAAUUACUUCAGCAGUCUUUUUAUUAAAGUGUAGCAUUCUGGGGAGUGGAAUGUAAAAUACAAAACAAAUUAUCUCCCUGAAAGGCCAUAGAUUUUCAAACAAUUGUGCCCCAGUAUUACAAGAGAUAUAUGUAUUACAGUAUUACUAAAGUUAUAUAUUGUUACAUUGUGUCUGCAUUUAAUAAGAGAUAAUGAGAUUUUCUAUACCAACUUGUGAUUUUUAGUAUAAGAACAUCUUUUAUAAGUAACUGUCUUUUUUGUUAGAAAAGUGAUUCAUGCAGCUUUCUAUAAUGGUUGCUUGGUAAAGGCACAAGAGAUUUAGCUUUUGAAUCUCAGGUACCUGUGCAAUAGUAGCGUUAUGUUGAAUAUAAUACUCUUCUUGUGGUUUUUUUUUUUUUUUGCGGGGGGUGUGUGUGUGGGGGCGUUUUACAUGACAUGGCAUGCAACUGGACUCAGUUUCUUGUUACAGUAAUGUGAAGAAGCUAUCUCUCCUGGUAGAAUUCUCUUUACCGACAUGGACUACCAUAACUUGUUUUUUUUACUGUUUAAUUGGAAUGUCUUGAUUUUGAUUUAUUUCCUUCAGGAAGUGUAUACACUUAAAAAAAAAUCUUCUCAUAUUUUAAAUUAAUCAUACUUUGAAUGUUGUUGCAUAUUUAAAGAGCAGUGAUUUCCCACAUAUGCCUACAUUAUUGAAAAACAAUGCCAUAUAUAUAGUGCUGUCCAAAAAUUAACUCAUUUAUCGCAGCAUCCUUAUGAGGCAGCUAAAUAAUUAUCCUCAUUUUUACAUAUGGAGAAACUGAUACAGAGCAAAGUUAAGUGAUUUUCUGACUGCCCCUAAAUAAGUCUUGGAACUCAAGAGUUGAAUGGGAGUAACAAUUAGUCUGCUACGCUAUACUGUGCAGUCCAGUACACAAAACUGCAUUAACCCUUUUACUGCUAGUGGCUGCUGCAAACUUUAGCCUAACUCCAGAAAAGCACUUAAGCACUUACGUAACCUCUAGCACUUGCGUAAUCCCAUGAUAGUUACACACAGAUUUAGGUGCUUUGCUGAAUUGGGGCCUUCAGCAGAUUUUCCUUUGAAAUACUAAAUGCCCUUCAAAGGACAAUUAAAACCAGGGUAUUGCAUGUGGUACAUGACAUACUGUGUGUGCUGUUAUGUGCAUCACAUACCUAUUACAAAACAGAUGAGAAAUUUAAAAUAGUAAGAGCCUGAAAACUGAGUUUCCUUGCCUUAUGCAAUUGCCAUUCUUCAUGUUUAAUUAUCCCCACUGUGCCUAGGUACUGCUGUUUACUAUUGUGAUUGGUUUCAUUAAGCUUGCAAAAUUACUUCUUUAUAACACCGUUUCCAUUGUUUAUAAUAAUUUUUGAAGAAUUCUUCUUUCAUAUUGAGUUUUGCCAUUCUUGGUCUCUACAUAGUCUUUCGGCUUGGGAAACUUAAUUGAAUGAAGUGUUGAACCUAUUUUAAGUUACAGAACAAGUAGAAAUUUCUUAAUUCCAAGGUGAAUUUAUGCAGACAAAUGGCCUCAGUGAAUAAGUAUUUUUGCUAGGCACUUAAAGUUUCAUUUAGAUGUAAUGAAGUAGUGGCUAUUUGAAAAUGCCCUUUAAAAAAUGCACAGUAGGGGGAAAAAAACCUCCUGGAUCUUAUGUAGCUACACACCUGAGCAGGCUGUAAGCAUAGGUGGCAAGUUUAUAUGGGCCCGUGUUGCCUGUGCUCCACCAAUAUUCAGGAACAUAGGCCAAGCUCCACCAGUGUUUGGGCUUAUAUUUUCAGAGCUGUCCCAUCCAUAGGAUGGGCCAGGGUCCCGCACUUCAGAUGGACAUGGAGUCCAGGGCAGCCUGGGAGAUGAGCAGGGAGCCUGGAGCUGGCAGCAGUGAGCGACUAAGCCCCAGCCUGUCCUGCUCCGCUCUGCCCUGCCCCUUCCCACCCCUGCUCUGCCCCACUCCCACUCCACCCCUUCCCCCAAGUUCCUACCCCGCCUCUUCUCAUCCCCGCUCUGUCCCCGCCCCUGCUCUGCCCUCUGCUUGGACCCGUUCUGGGCACCACCAAAAAUUAUACAAACCUGGCACCCAUGGCUGUAAGUGCAUGGCAUGCAUCUGUGCACAUCUGAUAAGUGUACAGUUUUCAUUAACAAGCAUUGCUGGUCACAGACCGACUAGUGUCUCUUAACUAGUGAUCUGGAAACUUCUGUUUUUCUGAAUUUAACACAAAGAAGACAGGCAGAUGCAGUGCAAUUCCACCCCCCAUCAUUAACGCAGUGCCAGUACUGAGAAAUAAGACACAAAAAUCAGAAAAUAGCAGAAGUUAAGGUUUCUUUUGCACAACUGAGUUAUAUGACCAUAUUGUGGUCCUAUUACUUUUUAUCUCAUUUCCAGUUUAAAUCCUUACUAUAUUAUCAGUUCUGUUAAGUACUGCAUAACUGAACAUAUAGUCUGUGCAGCAUGACGAGUUAUUGAUGCAGUGAAAACCUUACCUUUUGAUAUUUCUUUGGGAGGUUUUUUGCCUGUUGUAUUUUGUUGUUGUUGUUUUUUUGGUUUGGUUUUUCCAACGUUGUGUUGCAAUAACACUAGUUCUUUGCACUUUAUAUAAUAUAGCAUGAUUUCUCAGGGAAAUGUGGAUGAUCUUAAACCACUUGUAUCCAAGGAGGUGAUUUGAAAAUGAAGCAGCAGCCCUUUGUAGGUUUUAUUUGAACAUUGAAUAUAGUUUUAAUAUUUGUUUCCUUUGACUUAGCUCCCUCAUCCUGGUUCUUUGGAUAAAGAUGAUAUUACAAGUUUACUUUCCCAUUGCUCUGAUUUUUCAGAAAUAUAAUUGCUCUGUUAUACUUACCCAGUUUUUCCUACAUUGUUGUACUGUGCAUCAUCUUUACUGUAUGAAAUUGCGUUGAAAUUAAUAGGACUCUUGCUCUGUUGAUUUCAAAGCUGCUCCUCUAUCCAUGGUAGUAUGGUGAUGCCUAUGCUAGGCAUUCAGGGUUAAACAACUCUGCUCUAUCACAUACCUAGUUGAGGUUUGUAUUCUGAUUUCAGCACACAGUGCUAGUAUAACAGUGUUACCAUGAAUAUGUUCCCUACAGUCAAUGAGGUUUUGGGGCUAGAUGAUCGCCUGAGGUCCCUUCCAACCUUAAUAUUCUAUGAAAGUAAAGUACAGUCAGGUUGUCCUUCAAAUUUUUUCUUCAGCGAAGUUGCUUCCCUGACUAAUUUAAGCCCUCUGAAGUAAAUGGCAGUCUUUCCAUUGUUUUCCAGUGGGUUUUGAGUCAGAAUUUUAUUGAAAUAAGGCUGUCACAAGCAGCUUGAUCUUUCUUACACAGUAUUUCCAUGUGUAAUAUACCUCUGGAAUAUUCUUUCUUUAAUGGGAUUUUGCAUAGUAUCAGCCAAUGGGACUUGAUGCAAAAAAAAAUGUAGUGACCCUAGCAUUCUAACUGUUCACUCAAGCCAUUAUUCUCUUAUACCCAAGACAAUAGCAACUUUAUUAUCUAGAGUCUUAGGUGUCUUUGGCUCCAGUUGUUAUAAUGUUGGGCUCUAAAUCAGUAGUGUAAAGGAUCCUAUCCAUUUCAGUAGAAUUUAUCAUCAGGAUCAACAUCAAUAGCCUCAAGUCCCUCUUCACAGAUUUCUCAGUAUGGCUGCUCUGUUUGUACUUUGGUUCAGUUUGAAGCAGAAAGUUUGCUCGUUGGUUUAUGCUACUGAGAUUGUACUGCGCCUGCAACUGUUUUCUUUACAUUGGCUGCCUGUAGCCAUGUGACUGACACUACUGGGGUUCUUUUAGAUUUUAAUAGUGUGACCCUGGUUGCAUUCAGCCUUGGCCAGAUGAACAUCUGCACUUGCACUACCUGCAGUUUAAGGAUCCCACCUUUGCAUCUGAUGUUGGUCCGUCGUCAUAUUUUUCUUGUGAUGGAAAGGUUCUUACAGAAUGGCAAAUUUUAGUCCUACAUUUGUUACUUUCCUUACCAAUCCCUUUAUUUCCCUUUUUAAAAUUACUCAGUGUAUUCUUUUAGUGCCUUAAGCAUAUUGGCAAGGAAUGUGGUAUGAAGUCGUUGCUGAAUAUUCUAUAGAGUAAAUAUGGUUGUCCAUUAUAAUAGAAUGGUCUCUGAUAUUAGAAUGCAGGGAUGUUUGUACAGUUACUGAUCCACAAUCCUACAGUUAUUUCUCAAUUAUACAAAUGCGUAUUCUCAGUCUGAGAGGAAUUAGCCAGUCACCAUCGUGUUACAUGUACAAUAUGCAAUCCUUGUGUUCUAUUGACAUAGCUCUCAACAUUUUACAGCUUUAGCCAACCACCCUGGCCACUUCCUUUUCCGAUCCCCUCCAUUCUUUUAUGCUACACACUGCUACUCUAUUCAUAUAACCCUGACCCACUGCCUGUUGCUUUGGAGAAAGGCCUGACACCCUUGCACAAUGAGUAAUUGAAUAAAAAUAUUAAAUGAGGUUUAAAAGCUUCCUUUCCUUCAGCCUGAGAAACAGCCGUGCUAGUGGAAAGUAUCCUCCAGGAAGUUGCAAAAUGGGAGAGGAGGAAGAAAGAUCAUUUAAAAUAUUGUAAAAACAGCAGAUUCAUUGGAAGGAGCAAAAAACCUUGUUGAGCAGCUGGAGAGUUAGGGCUGGAAAUGUUAUUUAACUAGAAAAUGUACAUGGGAAGUUUUUUGUUUUUAUCUGAUUGAAUAUGAAAUGACUAGGUUAUAAAACAGUGAUCUAGUUGCUAGUAAAUGCCAUGCAUAUUAAAUUUAGAAGUUAAUUGCUAGUUGUGAUGCAAUCUAGACAAAGCUGUAUUAAAAGUAGCCAUUUUUUGGUCACAGCGUUUCAUUGACUUCAAAGUAGCACACAUUGAGUUCAGUGGGGAGUUGUGCUAUAAUGUGUGAAUUUUAAAAUCACAAUGAGCCUUGGAAGAGAUACUUUGAUACCUGAGGCUUUGGGGUUGGAGGUUUAUAAGGUGGUCUUUAAACAAAAAUAUAUUUUGGAAAUCAUCAUUUUGUCUAGAGGUUGGUAGGUUUUAGAAGUUUAGCCAUUUAGUAUUUAAAGAUGAGGAAAACCCAUGAAAUUAUUAACUGUAACAUAUAAUGUUAAUGCUCAUUAGAGUAUUAACAUUUUGUACUAAAUUUCUGCGGUAUUCCUCAAGAAAUGAUUUCAGAAACCAGGAUUCUAAGGCAGACAGCCCUGCAAAACUUUAGUGAAACCACUAGGUGUAACUGAUGAAAAUAGUGUAUGCUUGUACAAAAGUGCUUAAAGCUUCAAGACUCUUUCUAAUAAUUCAAAGCACAGCAAUUUCCAGGUAUACAUCUUGUAUGAAAUAUGUAUGUGCUGCAAAUUUUUUUAACCCAUUUUCCUUUGAGACCAGAGCCUCAAUUGCUGAUCACUGAUGCAUAUUGCAUUUGCACCUAAAUAAAUUCUGGUUUCAAAGGGUUUUAAAUCUUGAUCUAUUUUUGAUAAAUAGAAGUGUAGCAUUUUAUCUGAUUUCCACUUCAUAACAAAAAUAUGCAUGCAAACAAGAACAUGUAAUCAUAGUUUCCUGAAUGAUUAUAAACCCAAGAAAACAGCAGGAUGGCUGUAGUAAUUCUGAAAUGAAGACGCAUGCCUCCUUAGGAACUGGAAGGUAGUUCCCUACUUUAGCACAAACUUGGGCUUUCCAUUUCUCUGGAAAAUCUGGAGGAGCAAAGACCAGAACUCAGUCAUUAGUUCAUUGCAAGCAAAUAUUAGCUUUAACAUGGAAUUCCAUCAUCUGACACUUUAUUCAUUUUCUUAGGGGUUUUGGUGAAGUAAAAAGUAUAGCAUAGUAUUUUUUUAAUCCACAAGAAUUUAAAAACAGAUUAAACAAAUGAAAUAUUUUAGAACUUGUACAGGCCUAAAACACAGAAAUUAUAGGCAUAUAUUAGGCAUUUCGGACACUGCUUAUAUUUUUUUUAAAACUCAGUACAUGUAUGAUUAUUUGAAAUAUAUAUUAUGAUGAAAAUGGCAGAAAAUUGUAUUGAUAGAGAUUUACAUUUGGAUACUUUUUAAUAUCCAGUACCAAACCUUAAAAAAGGGCUAAUGAAAAA